UCUCUUUUGCUCGCAGUUUCCCGCUUUGCCUCACUUUAUUCCUAGUUUUUGGGGAGUUUUGUUCCUUGAUUUCGACUUCAUUCCUAGCCUAAAGUAAUGGGUUCCUCAUGAUUUUGCCUGUGAACCCAUUCAAUCCCCCGGAUCAGUUGAUCGUAAGGACGAAAACCCAGUUGCAGGUUUGCUUGUUCUUCUUUUGACUGAUUCGAGACUUCGGAAAUUGGUGGAAAAUGAAAGAUGGGUUGGGCUUUGAUUCCACUGUUUUGUUUUCUUCUACCGUCUCUCCCAUGAUUUUUUCUGAGCCAGUAGACAGGGGUUUUUUUUGUUGUUGUUUACCGAGAGGAACAAAAAUGGUAGUUUUUAAAUGUUUGCAUAACGGGAUCCCUUUUAAUGGCAACGGUUAUCAGAUUAACAUGAAACUCGGGGGAAGGAAACAUAACCUACCACUUGCAUUGUUCAAUUUCCCAAAGCCAGGGAUUUCAUUUUCGUCCUAGAUUUGCAGAAAGGAUCAUUUAUGUCUUUGGCAAUUUUUUCCAGAUCAGGGCAGCAGAGCAAGUGAGGAGGGGGGAAAUGGCGUUGUAAUUAAACCACCGGAUCAAUCUACUUCCCCUCCAUUACCUUAUCGGAAGCUGCCUGCACAACUUUGUGAACUGCGUUCACUCAACUUUACUCCUGGCAUUGAAAAUGACUCGGAGUUUGUAGGUACACUUACCAUUUCCCUGUCUCUAUCUUCCUCUUUUGAUGGUUCUUUGUUAGAGAGAAGAGUUGGGAAUGGGGACCAUGAAUGCCAGCAGCAAAAGAUCCAAAAACUUCGCUUUUAAACUCUCCCAGUUGGGGGAAGAGUAGCUUCAACAGUUCUUUGGCUUGGUGUUGAAGCAAUUCGUCUGGUUUUUGUGGGUUAUGAUUGGAUUGACAAUGGCAAUUGAUGAAUGUUGAAGGAUUAACCCUUGGGUUAGUUGGAUAAUGACGGUGAUUAACUUCUUAUUUACAGUCAGUUUGGGUGGUGAAGGAAGGGAGCAAUGGAUUGCAAUGCCUUUAGCGACAAUGCUGCAGCUUUACCUAUAACAACUUAAAACCAUCUUGCUUUGCGGGGAAAGAGUAGCUAAACUUGUGGCUAAAAAAAUGGGGUCAAUUGGAGCUGAAAGCUCACCGAAGAUGGAGAAGAUGCAAAUGGCGGCGAGCACACGAGAAGAGAAGAUUCUUGUCUUGGUGAGACUCAGACCUUUGAGUGACAAGGAGAUCAUGGGAGAUGAAGUUUCAGAUUGGGAAUGUAUUAAUGAUACUACUGUCUUGUACCGGAAUACCCUCCGUGAAGGCUCCACGUUUCCCUCGGCCUACACUUUUGAUAGAGUAUUUCGGGGUGAUUGUACAACGAGGCAAGUGUACGAGGAUGGACCCAGAGAAGUGGCCCUUUCAGUUGUUAGUGGCAUCAAUGCAAGCAUAUUUGCUUAUGGUCAAACAAGCAGUGGAAAGACGUAUACAAUGAAUGGUAUCACUGAGUAUACAGUAGCUGACAUAUUCGACUAUAUAAACAAGCAUGAAGAAAGAGCCUUUGUUCUGAAGUUCUCAGCAAUUGAGAUAUACAACGAGGCUAUCAGAGAUCUCCUAAGCACAGAUAACACUUCACUUAGACUCCUAGAUGAUCCAGAGAAAGGGACUGUGGUAGAGAAAGCCACUGAAGAGACUCUAAGGGACUGGAACCAUCUAAAGGAGCUCCUAUCAGUUUGUGAAACUCAAAGACAGAUAGGGGAGACCUUUUUGAAUGAGAAAAGCUCCAGAUCACAUCAAAUCCUUAGAUUGACAAUUGAAAGUUCUUCUCGUGAGUUCUUAGGCAAAGAAAACUCGACCACCCUUUCAGCCACUGUGAAUUUUGUCGACUUGGCAGGGAGUGAACGUGCAUCUCAGGCAUUGUCUUCUGGGGCAAGAUUAAAGGAAGGAUGCCACAUUAACCGCAGUUUACUGACUUUGAGUACUGUUAUUCGUAAGCUAAGUAAGGGGAGAAAUGGACACAUCAACUACAGAGAUUCAAAACUGACUAGGUUGCUUCAACCAGCUUUAGGUGGCAACGCUAGAACUGCCAUCAUCUGCACAUUGAGCCCAUCAAGGAGUCAUGUGGAGCAAACUAGAAACACGCUACUAUUUGCUUGUUGUGCUAAAGAAGUCACUACGAAAGCACAAGUUAAUGUUGUCAUGUCCGAUAAGGCUUUGGUCAAGCAUCUGCAGAAAGAGUUAGCUAGAUUGGAGAGUGAACUGAGAAGUCCUUCCCCCGCUUCAUCAACUAACGAUCAUACAACGUUGCUGAGAAAGAAAGACCUUCAGAUUCAAAAGAUGGAGAAAGAAAUCAGGGAGCUGACUAAGCAACGCGAUCUUGCUGAAUCUCGUAUUCAGGAUUUGCUCCAAAUGAUUGGUCAAGAUCAAAAUUCAAGAAGAACGAGUGAGAUUAGUCAGAAUCCAGACCAACAAGAAAGGCGUAGAUGGGAAGAAGAUGAAUGUUCAGUGUCAGAAUCAUACCCCCCUACUUAUGGCGGCGGUGCAAGAAGAGUAUACGGAACCCGUUUUGAUGGAGACAGCGGGAGCCAUCUACAGGACAGUGGUCUUGAUGAUGAUGAUGAUUCUGAUGCCACUUCUUCACUUGUCCCAUUUGGGAAGAAGAUUGCCAGAUCAAAUUCUCGCCAGAGCCUUGCGAUUAUUGAUGAUGAUGAUGAUGAGUACUGCAAAGAAGUACAGUGUAUUGAAAUGGAGGAGACGAGGCAAAACAACCCUGAACACCAUCCGUCAUCAAUCUCACAUGGUGGAAGUGAAGGACAAGCUGCAGUCAGGGUAGAGCAGGAAGUACCAACUCAAGGAAUCGGAGAUAGAGAAGCACAACACUCGCAGAAUAAUGGAUUUACAAACGAAGCAAUGGAACAAAGGCUGCAUCUUGUUAAUGGGUCAAGUUCUAUAAGCACGAAAUUAGGGAGGAGCCGGAGCUCGAAAGAGAACCCCACAAUUGGUGACAGCACGCCUCCCAAUGGGUUGGAGAGGAAGUAUGCUGGGCGACCAGAGAGCGUCAGGAGAAGGUUUCCAUCCAUGUUGUAUGACACCGAUGCUGCAAGACUGACAAGAAGUGAUUCUCAGUCAUCUAUCGAGAGUGCUGCAACAGUUGAGACUCAGGGUGUAGCAACUGCAGAUGAGGAUAUUCCAACAGUUGAAACUUUUGUUGCUGGACUGAAGGAAAUGGCCAAGCAGGAGUAUGAAAAACAGCUUGUCAACCAGACUCUAGGGGAUGAUAAGAAGAAGACUAACGUCAAGGACAUUGGAUUGGAUGCUAUGCUCGAUGAACUAACAACUCCUGAUUCACCACUGAAGUUUGAGAGACAGCAGAGAACUAUUAUCGAACUCUGGCAUACUUGCAAUGUCUCAUUGGUUCACAGGACGUACUUCUUCUUGCUCUUUAAAGGCGAUCCAUUGGAUUCUAUAUAUCUCGAGGUGGAGCUAAGGAGGCUCUCCUUCCUUAAGGAAACAUUUUCUCAUGCAAACCAUACGGGAGGCCAUACUCUCACACUGGCCUCAAGCAUAAAGGCGCUUCAUAGAGAGAGAGUGAUGCUGAGCAAGCUGAUGCAGAGGAGGUUGUCUGGAGACGAAAGGAACAGGCUAUAUCAGAAAUGGGGUAUUGGGUUGAACUCAAAGCGAAGAAAGCUUCAGUUGGUCAACCGACUGUGGGGCAACACGAAAGACGUAGACCACAUCACAGAGAGUGCAGCCAUUGUUGCAAAGCUGGUGAGGUUUGCAGAGCAAGGACAGGCACUCAAGGAGAUGUUUGGGCUGAGUUUCACACCUCCAAGCACAACAAGAACGAACUCCCUGGGCUGGACUUACAGCAAGUCUUCUCUUUUGUAG